CUUUCGGAAGACGCACACGUCUCGGAAUCAUCGCGCGCGCAUCUGUCGGUUCGCGCCAAUAUAAUAAAUACGCGUAUAAACUAUAAAACAAAGUUUCCAAUCGGUUCUGAUACGAUAUUAUUAGGUUAGUAAAUUAUGACGUCGCUCCUAUAUUUAUAUUAUGAUCGCAAUUCGCAGCUCUCGCAACUCGCUCUGGAAGUGGAAGUGAAUUGUUUUGUAAAGUUAUUAUUAUAACCGAUCCGCUUGUAAUGUGUUAAAUAAUUAUACUUACGUUGCGUGAUUUACGUAAUUAACAGUGAGAUACUUGUGUGCGUUGUUCUGGAGUUGGUUAGUGCACGUGUGUGAAAGGAUGUGACAAUGUUGGGGUUGAUGACGUCAGACUUCGGUUAUCAAAACCGCUUGACGUUGCUGCAACAGCUAAUAGACUGUGGAGAUGUGCUGCUCGGACAGAAUUAUGUAUGCGGUUUGGACAGUAGGAUAUCGAACUCGAGGAGUUCCGUGUCGCCUGACGUAGUGAACAAGGACCUUGGUCUGUCAGAGAGUGAUGACGAAGUAGCUGCUACCACCACGCGGUUAGAGCCCAUCCUCUCACCAAUCCGCUCAGGCGACAGCCCGAGCUCUGCGAGCGAAUCCUCCCCUUCCGACUCGGAGUCCGAGUCUUCCUCCGCGGAGUCAACAAGCGCCGCCCCUCCCCCCGCGCCCGCGCAGCCCCCCGCGCAGCGCCCCUCGUGGGGGCUGAGCAACUUCGCACCGCCGCCCGUGCACCCGCCGGACCACGAUCUGAGCAACGUGCUCGCUGAUGCUAAGGGGAAACCGAGUCCAAUAUCGGAUCUAACGGACUCAGAAGCGUCGUCACCUUCGCCCGGGGCCCGGCGGCGGAGGUCGCUGGCGAAUCGCAUAUCGACGGCUUCGAGUGAUGAAGACACCCCCAGGCCUGCACCGGUCCGACCGCAAGCGUCUCCCAGCGUGCCGCCACCCGUACCUAGCGGUUCACAGAGUUCUGGCGUCAAACGCGGCAGACCGCUCAAAGUGCUCACCUCAGAGGAGAGACCGGCCAAGAAGAAGCGCGGCAGACCGCCCAAGACGCGGCCCCUGUCUCCCGCGGCACCAGACAGCGAGCCAGAACCAGACCCGCCGGUCAACCAUGCGCUGCAGGACACGAAGACGCAUAUCUUUCGCAAGGUUUUCACUCCUAAAAAGGGUGAUGAAUGCGGAGGCAAGGGCGGCAAAGGUGGAAAAGGCAAGGGUGGAAAGGGAAAAGGUCAGGUGACCAUCAUCGAAGUGACGGCGCCGGAAUCCGGCGCUGAUGAUGACGACAGAAGGCACAGGGACCGCUCCACCACCAGGGACGAGGAGGCCAAGGCCAGGGUCUCACCGCCACAGGAACCGGAGACCCUCACGAGGAAACGGGAAGCGGAGAGGAUCGCCAACGAGAGGAUACAGGAGAGAGUGCCCAUAGAGAGGCCCGACUACCGCCGCCCGGAGGACAGGCCCACGAUAGAACGCACCUCCGUCGACCGGCUGCCGGAUCGAAUAGGUUCCGACCGGUUACUGCCGGAACGGAUGCCCUCCGACCGCCGGUCCACGGACCGGUUGCCGCCGGACAGACUGUCGGCCGACCGGCUUGCUGACAGGAAUGACCGCCUGCAAGAGAGACUAGCGGCCGAUCGCCUGCAAGAGAGACUGUCAACGGAGCGCCUGCAAGAGAGGCUAUCGACGGACCGCUUGCAGGGCCGGUUAUCGAACGACCGGCUGCAAGACCGCAUGUCUCCCGACCGCCUGUCCGAUAGAUCCGAUAGACUAUCGGACCGGAAGAGCGACAAGAUGCUCAUCGACCGGAUACCGAGCGAUAAGAUGGAACGCUUGUCGAGUGAUAAGAAGAUAUCGGUGGAGCGGGUGGAGAGGAUAGCGCCGGAGCGGGCGGAGGCUGAUGUUGGCUUCGUGCAGUGCCCCGUGCAGAAUUCCUUAUCUAAUGUAUCGGAGCGGCGCAGCAGAUCGCGCGUGGUGGUCAGCAUCCCGCUCGCCCGACUGCAAGCGGAGCUCGUGCGCGCCCUGCGCACCCCGCGCCGCACCGCCCCGCCCGCGCCGCGCUCCCCGCGCACCCCGCGCACCCCGCACACCCCGCACACGCCGCGCACACCGCCCGACCACCCGAGUGAAGUAGCAGCGACGAACCACGAGCGGGCGGGCGCGUGUUCGGGCCAGACGCCGAUCUACUACUCGUACUUCGAGCAGCUGCCUGCUGACACGCUGUCGGACGAGGAAAGGGAUCACAAAUACUACCUAGGCGAAGCGCAACGCCUGCGUUCAGCGGCAGAACGGGAACAGCACAAUCUCCCCCGCGUGAUGCUCUACCUGGAGUCGGUUCUGUGCUUCGUGCUGACCGGCCGCCUGCUGGAGCUGGAGCUGGACACCAAGCGGGCCUUCACCAUCUACCGGGAGACCAUCGAGUACAUCAAGUCGAUACACGCGAUGCCGCAACGGUUCAGGGCCGAAGUGAGACGGCAAGGGGGAGACCCGCACUCGACGUUCAGCAAGCUGGAUAUAUUGAGUCUCCGCGUGCAAGCGCUGCUAUACCUGCGAAUGUUCAAGAUGUAUAACCGGGAAGUGAAGGAGUACUACAAGAUCGUGCAAGAGUAUCAACAAAAGGUCGGUAAUCCCGCGUGCGCGGAGUCGGUGUCCCCUCUGUCCCCCACGCCGUCCCCCGCGGGGUCGGUGGGGUCGGGCGGGUCGGCGUCGAGCGGCUACUGCUCGCUGGCGCACGCCGUGCCCGCGCACGCGCACCACGCGCUGCUGCAGCUCACCAAGUACUACACGUUCCUGUACGUCGCGCACGACCUGUGGGAGCAGGCCGACUGCUUGUGCCGGCUGAGGCCUAACCAGGAUCUGUUCAUAGCGGUGGACCGCAAGUGCGGGCCGCUGACGCUGUUCUCCACGUUCCGUCACCUGGUGCAGUACGUGCGCUACGCGAUCUCGCUGCUCAAGAACGCGCCGCAGUGACCACGCGCCGGCCCGCGCCCGUGCCCGCGCCCGUGACCGCGCCGCGACCGCGACCGUGACCGUGACCGCGACCGCGACCGCGACCAUGACCGUGACCGCCACCGCCACGCGCGCUCGCACCGCAGUGCCAAUGACGCGGUCACGUGUCACGUUUCUUGAAGACAUUCCAACGUGGUAACGUUUUACCAGAUGCAGAGUUCGCGGAUGAAUUUUGUUGGACAAUCGGACAGUGAAAUUGUUGAUUUUUUUUUUGUAUAAUUUGUGUCAUUGAAUAAGAAUCAUUAAUGAUGCGAGUUGUCUCUCUCUUUAUGGCAUAGUACUGAUAUCCUUGUUUCUUUUUAACUGUAAAGGAAAAAGGAUAGUGAUAUGAGCGAGCGAGAUGACUUUGGCUUUCAUUUUUGAUUCUACGCUAUUAUGUUAUGAAGAAAUUGUAAUUCACUUUUUUUUAAGAUUUCUUGUUUUAGACGGAUGUGUUACUACUGUUUUGUGUAUUUUUUCGUUAUGAAACUAUAUUUGAAACAAUUCUACAGUGUUGAUAAUGCACUACUUGUAAAGCGCAACGGGUGAUUUUAACUUCUUGAUUGAAAUUCUAAAUACGUGGUUAAGAACCAAGAAAACAACGUAAUAAUUAUUAUUACAUGAGUAUCCAACUCGUUCAUGGAUUCCUAAUAUGAAAUUCUGCAUAGCAAUAAUAUUGAAUGACCUAUUCGAAACGUCAUAGAUCAAAGCGUAUAUGAUUUUAUUUGAGAAUUUGUAAUAAUAUUUUUUAUUAAGAUUUAUUAUAUAGAUGUGUGGUAAAAUUUAAAAUAAAACUAGUUUUUUAAACAGUUAUGCAUGACGGCACUCGCAAUGUUGAUUGGUACAUUCAGCAAUCAAAUCAAUGAAGAAAAUUAAUAAUAUAAUGAUCAAUUCAUUUUAUUUUUGUUAGAUUACAAUAAUCAACUUUAUUAUGAUUCAUAUUUCGUUUACGAAUUGUGAAAAACGGCGAAGAACUAAAUUAUUUGGACAAAACCGGAUCAAAUAGAGAAUUGUUGUUUGAGCAAAUCUAUCCUCUUAGCUUGAAAGCGAUGGAAGUUGUCGCAGGAAUUGAACCUGUAACACGCGUUGUUCUUUAGUGCGUCAGAUGUUUGCAAUAAUUAUAAAGUAGUCAUAGUAAAGGCGAUAUUUUAUAAAUAAAUUUAAAAAGAUCCUUUUUUUACGCGAUAGAGUAAUCAUAUCUUGAAUCAUUUACAUAAUUUUUAAUGUGACUAAGAGGUGAUACCGGUUCGGUAUCGACAAAAUCGGAUGUGGGCCAAUCGAUAAAUAUCUAUACUUUAAUAUGGGAACACUCGUAGUUUUUCAUGGAAGUCGGCUUGAUGUUUUAAAGGGAAAAUGAACAAUAAUUUUUUUUACAUUUCGCUUCGUGAACAAUUAUUAUUUAAUGUGACCUAAUGUAAUUUUACGGUCAUUUUCACAUAUCAAUUGACUAAAAUCAACAAUGGCGGAAAUCGAUUAUGAUGAAAUUUUAUUUCUUCCGGUACAUGCAAACACAUUUAUAAAGACAAUAAAUUAAAAUAAUAAAGAUAAUCAGUCGUCUAGAAUCGCUAGCGUUCGCUGUAGCGCAGUAACAGAGAGUAGCGUCGGGUAUAACGCUAGUUAAUAUAUAAUUCGAACAAAUGGUAAAGUGCAAAUUUCUAAUGAAACUACUAAGAGUACAAGUUAUUCUAAAGACGGUCGUCGCGAUCAUUUCAGAUGAAACAAAUCUCCGUAACACCAAUUUAUAUUUCUCUCGGUUGUUUAUCAAAUUUAUGUUGUGAUUGUAAAUACAUUAUAUAAUUAUAUUAUACAUUUUGUAAUGAAUAUACAUGUUAGUGCCAGAUAGGUUUUUGUAUGAACGUUUACAGUAAGAGAUAGAACGCGUGCGUGUCUCCCGACGGGUCAUGUUGAGGAUAUAGGUGAGAAAGUCAAGGAUAAUCGGAUAUUUGUGUAAUCUACGUCCGCAAGAUGGCGGCCGCGGGCACAAGCACACACGCAGACACGCAGACACGCACGCACGCGCGUGAGCGACUCGAACUUUUGUGGACAAAAAUUACAAAAUUUGUUGUUAAUAAGCGAGAUGCCUUGUAUAUAGUAUAUAGUAAGUGACUAAGAAAUGUAGUUUUCACUCUAUAUUUUAAUUUAUAUGUAAACUAUAUUUAUAGCUAAGCGGAAAAGGAAUAUGUAAUAACGUUUUCGGUAAGGGACGAGGUACGUGCGGCCGCGACUCGAGAGGAGCUUGCAGCGUUCGAUUUAGUGUAAUUUAGUGUAAAGUGGCGCCAGUGGGCGGGCCAGUGGGUGGGCCAGUGGGUGGGCCAGUGGGCGGGCCAGUGGGCGGGCCAGUGUGUGGGCCAGUGGGCGGGCCAGUGUGUGGGCCAGUGGGCGGGCCAGCGGCUGGCGCCAGCGCGGCGACACUCGCCAGUUACCGGACGCGCCAGCGCUGCACUUCUCUACUUAGUAACUCUUAUUUAUUACGCCCUCACUUUCGGAACCUCGCUCGAACUCAUCGAACACGCGUCAGAACCCCGAUCGGUACUUACUAUAUGCACAAAUUAUUUAUAAUUUAUUUAUUAUGACGAUGCGUUAUUUAUUUUGACGAGCGGUUAGCGAAGUUUACUUAACGGGUCGGCGCGGGGAAGCGUCGAGAUCGAGAGAUGCAUUGCCAAAUAUCGAGUGCCUUGCGAUCAUCACUUUUUUAUAUUAAAUUUGACAUAUUGUAAGUACUUUAACCUAGUUUUUUUUUUCAAAAUUUUUAUUACAUCUCGUUUUGAAACUCGCAUUUAUGUACUUGUUGAGACGUUUUUUUAGUUCUUAAUUUUAGUUGUCGUACGAAAUUCUUGUUGCUUCUUUUUAUUUUUAGGUGUAUGUAUUUGAUUUAUUUUUUAUGUCGACAAUAUUAUUAUCGUAGGAAUGAUUUUAAUCGAAGUAAUACUAAAAUAUAUCGCUUCAUUAUGUAUUCGCACUUGAAUCGAUCGUUUACCGGUUGUAUAAUUUUAAUCUCAAAUCCCUAAUAUUGACACCAAAUUUUAAUUGACAAUUAAUUGUAUAGCGAAGUUAGCGAUAUGGCGCCGGUUGGGAGCGAGAGGUGAUUGUUUUAGGAAAUUGUAAAAUACUGUUUUUUAUUACUCUUUCAUUUAAGUAGUAUCUUGUGUUGAUAGCGUGUAUAAUUUGUUUUUUUUUUACAUUUGAUUUAAGUAAAUAUGUAUAAAUUUGUUUUUCCUUAAUUUUAUUAUUUGUGUAACCUAUGUUAUUAUUGAAGAUAGAAUACAUUAAUUUUUAUGUAUAUAUUA